UGUGAAAUCGGACCACCCAGCUUCAUCUUCUCCUGUGUGGCUUCUUGGGAGGUUUUGUGCGUCUCUCACAGCAUCUGACCCACCCGAAACGACAAGUGAUACACGUUCAUUCCCUUGUCUGCAUCUUUAGCCUGGACGAGCGAGGUGCACAACAGCAGCAGUGUCUCUCCGUCUGAUAAUCCAUCCUCUCUGCACGCUGCACCGGCCAUGAUGCGGCAGCGCCGCCGCUCGAAGCUUGAGGAGGGUCGCCUCGCGGGUGCGUCUGUAUGGUCUGUGCGGCGAUAUGUCCUGCUCACCGCGGUGGCCGUGAUCUCCCUCGCCCUCCCAGCGGCGCUGACGUUCCGCCCGUCAGCAACCAGGCGGGGCGGAGGGAAGAGAAAGGCCAAUGUUGACCACGAUGCUUGGCUGGGCAUAGCACCGGGGAUAGCGGCGAAGCCGGCAUCGGCGGACGACAUCCAUGUGGUGUUCUCGACGGACUGCUCGCCCUACCAGAACUACCAGGCCAUCAUGCUGUUCCACAGCGCAGAGAUGGUUGGGCAGAAGGGGCGCGUGACUCGUGUGGCCAGCGGCUGCACGAGAGACGAGAGGUUGGAGCUGGAGGUCUACAUGAUGAGACAGCCGGAGCGAUUCCACGUGCACUUUACCCCGGACUACAGCUUCGACCCAGAGACGGGGGAGCGGUUCAUGUUCUACAACAAGCCGAACGGCAUGGCCCACUAUCUGAAGAGCGCGGAUUACCCGGUGCAUGAGGCGGUAGUCGCCCUCGUCGACCCCGACAUGAUUUUCAUGUCGCCGCUCACGCCGUUUGUUGGCGACGCCGACAAGAUGUUGUGGCAUGAUGGGGACGCGGGGGAGGGGCCGGACUGGGUGGAAGAGGGAAGCCCCGUGGGUCAGUUCUACGGGUUGGGGGGGGUAUGGACGACGUGGGACGACCUGCGGGAGAUAACAGAGAACUUGGGAGAAGAUACGCCCGCGAGAGCGGUCUCAACUGAAGAAGCCCUAGCAGGAUACCCGGUGGGACCACCGUACAUGAUGCACCCCCGAGACUGGGCUAGAGUUCUCGACUUGUGGGUGGCGCUAUCCCCCAAGGUGCACAAGGGGCACCCGGGUAUCCUCGCAGAGAUGUACGGCUUCUGCAUCGCCGCGGCGCACAUUGGGUUGCGACAUCGCGUGGCGUACGGGCUGAUGGUGUCGGACGCAGGAAUGCCGGGCAAGGAGGGGUGGCCGUUGGUAGACCAGUUGGGAACGAGCGCGUGCGACCCCGACUCCGUGGACCACUGGCGGGGGAGCCUUCCCCCCAUCGUGCACUAUUGCCAGAUGUACCGGGUGGGCACCUUUAUGUGGGGCAAGCGACACCACACCCACCAAACCUUCUUCGGCUGCCACUCGGACUCCCUCGAGCUCCCCCCGCCGGACUACCUCGCGGGGCCCAUGGCCGAGGUCCGCGUGCACCCGCACCGCGCGAGGGCGCAGUCGGGGAACCAGGCGGAGCCGGAGCGCGUGCCGGCGGCGAUGGGCAUGAGGCAAGGGUAUGCCAUGUGCGCGGUGCUGCGAGCCAUGAACGAGGCCCUGGUGAAGUUCAAGUACCGCUACUGCGAGCCUGGCGACGUGAGCGGGGGGGUGCGAAGGUUCACGGACCUGGCGAGGGAGCAGCUGGAUGCCGACGCCUACUCGUGAUACGGCAGAAGAAGGGAAGAUGCCGGUGGCGGCGGUGACGUGAUGGUGGUUCCUCUUGCCUUUUUUUUUGUUGUUGGACGCUUGCUCGCCCGGCAAGAGAGCAACUACCGUCCUGUCGAAGGGAGAGAGGUCUCGGGAUUGGUCAUAUUCACUUACUCUUACGAGGGGGUAUUGCCAUUGAUGUAUGUGCCUAAUGGUAGGUACCCUGGAUGAUAAGAUUUAGUUGGCUUGGUUGUGUAUUUGCUAAAGUUGGGAGAUAUGUAUCUCUUAUGCAACAGGUUUUGCGGGUCUGCCUGCUGCUGCUAUGGACUAUACAUGUUUAGCGGAUGGGAGGGGGGAUGAUCGGGUGCGGUGCGUGCUGUGUCAAAUGUGUUUCUCGGUCGGUUGGGUGGGCAGGUGAGGGCGGGGGGGGGGGCAGCGUUAUGGUGUUUGGCGGGGAAACAGGACCUUUUCGACGUCUAAGCUUAGCGGUACAUGUGUCCCCCUGCCCUUGUUUACAUGGCGUUUUCUGCCAGGGAUGUUGUGACGAAAUAUAUGAUUUUCUCAGCGGGGUGGAUCCGUCGAUGUUGAUGUGCUGUAGUUUCUCUGUGCAGUGUACUAUGUAGCGUCGCGGACACUAUGUAUGCCCGACGCUCUUCUCUUGCGAGUAGUUGCCGCGGUGUCAUUAGAGAAGUUCGUCUUUUGUUUAUCCCGCCUUGGCCCUCUGGGAGAGGUCGCGAUGCCGUGGCUGAUGCCCGGUCCGCUCCACUUUUUGUCGGACCGUGAUGUAGGCUAGGUUUUGUCAUGUAGUCGAUUAGAGAUAAUAAAACGCGCCUCGCCCCAAGGUUUGAACACGGUACCGGAUGAUCUUGGUACGCGUAUGUAUCGCGGGUAGAUAUUGUCUCUUGUCUGUCUUGAUGGUCACGAGAAAUUAGUUCUUGGCGAUGUCCUCUAUCCUCCACGAUCGGGUACGAAUGUGCCCACCAAGAUGACCGGCGGUACAAGCACGCAAGCCUUGGCUCGUAACAGUUCGCCGAUUGGACGAAUAGGCGGCGAGAGAGAGACCUGGGUGGCAGUGUGUCC